UGGUUUUGUUAUUGUGGACUUGGGACCUCGAUGUUUAACUUGUUCAAGAUACUUGAUGUGACUUUCAAAAAUUCAAGUUCAAGGAAAGAAACAUCGUACUGAGUUACACGUCAUUGAAAGAUAAUUAAUUUGUAUACUUAGAUGCAAAAUCAGCUGUUCUGAGUCCCCAGUUAUAAGUGUCUUCUCUGAUUCUGCCACAGCUAGGUAUGGCCGGAGUUCUCAAGUACUGGCGGGAAUCUGCCAGUUUGAUCCUAGCAUCCCGGCGACUGGGUGCAGUCAAGCCUCAACAAAGCUUCAUGAAUCAACUUUUCUCGAAAAAAGAGACAGAGCCUCCUGUUGAGCAAGAUGAACUUUUACGACUGUUGACAGUGAAGAGGAGCAGUGGUAGUUCUUAUUUGCCAAAUGUGUAUGUUUUUCCGGGAGGAGUUGUAGACAACACAGAUUUUUCUAAGGACUGGCUAGAUAUGAUGAGGUUCAACACAAGCACUGAGUUACUAAACUUGUUCACACAUGGAAAACCUGGUUCGCCUAUCUUUAGUAGAACUCGAGAUUCUGAGUUCGCAUCAGUUCCCAGUGAAGUUGCUCUCAGAAUUGCAGCUAUCAGAGAAACAUUUGAAGAGUCUGGAAUCUUGUUGGCCAGGAGUAAUGAUAAUCUGGAAGUGCAUGGAACACAUAGUCUUGGAACACCUCUUCAAGGCAAUAUAUUUGAUAUCCCUGACAAGGAACGAAAGAUCUGGCGGAAGAAAGUCAUUUCUGAACCAUCGCAAUUUAUGAACAUGUGCAGAGAGCUUGAAGUUGUUCCCGAUAUUUGGUCAUUGUACGAAUGGUCCAACUGGCUCACUCCUCUGCUGAAAAAAAGUCACAGGUUUGACACUGUUUUCUUUCAGAGCUGUGUCGAUGAAGGUCCUCCCAUAGAAGUAGAUAAAGGAGAAACCGUGCAUGGAGUGUGGAUGAAUCCGGCCAAUUUACUGAAAGCCUGCUCACAUGGUCUGGUUAGCUUGGCUCCUCCGCAGACAUAUGAACUGUCACGACUGGCUCGCUUUGCAAGUGUGGAUGACCUUUUGACCCUCGCCUGCCAGCGCUCGAAACACCGCUCUGCACGCUGGAUGCCAUGGAUCAUAGCUUGCAAAGACGGUUUAGUGUUUCUCCUGCCAGGUGACGAGUUGUAUCCCGAGGACCCAGACUACACUGGAGAGAACUCUACAAAUGUCCCUAAGAGAGAGGAAACUUUUGACGAGCUGGCUGCCAAGUUCCCCCAACAGAAUCGGGCUUUCAUUAAUCACAAAGACAAGCAGCUGUCACUGUCUUGUAACUUAGAGUAUCUUGAGGGACACGUUUUACCUGUGAACUUCAAUCGGAAGUCUGAGUUCCAGCCUAAGUGGUAGACAUUUUCUUUAGGAGACUCGGAAUGAUUGUAGCAAGUCUGCUGUAAGCUGACAAAACGCCUUUUUUCAGUUUUCGCGCCUAAUUUUUUAAUUUGCUAAAUCGUUAGCCUGAUUAGUCUCCCUACUUGUGUGAAAAAAACCAAAGUGAAACUGACUAGAUUUUUAAUAAAUUGGAAUUCAAAUUUCAGAAGAGCACUUUUUAAAAAUGGUUAUGUAGACAAAAAGCCUCUUCAUCUCGAGACUACUGUGAAUAAUAAAAAAAGGAGUUUUGUCAUCGUACUGCAGAAAUGUAGUACAAGAACAAGUCAGUGGCUGGUGUGUUGUAAUGGAUGAUAUUGUGUGGGGCUGUGUUAUGAAAGUAUUGAAAUCAUGUUUAUGGUUCAAUAGCGCUAUGUCCCCACGGUUUUAUGCAAAAAAAAUUCUGAAAUUAUGCAAACUGAACCCAAAAAUGUGAAACUAUGCGAUUCUGUUAAUUUUUUUUACCAAAGAUUGAUAAAGGAAAAUAAUAAGAAAUUAAGCCUAAAAAAGUCAAAUAUUGCUAAAUUAUGCCGGAUGCAUAAAACCCUGGGGACAGCUUUGUGUAUAUACUACAUCUGAUUCUGAGAAAACAGAUUCUACAAUGAAUAAGUCAAGUAUAUGGGACGGGUUAGUUGUAUGCAAUGUGUUCUUACAUCCUCUGCUGGUUCAGGCAUUGAACUGAAAAUUGAUUAGUUCAUAAUAAAAUAGAAAUUUGAAACUGA